AUGUCCAACCAACACACUUCUCUUACCGAUCUCACCCAGCUCGUACCCUCCUCUUCAGCAUCCUCGAACUCGGAUACGACCCCACAGAGUCAGCAGCAGCCAUCAGCAGAUGAGACCGUCGCCGCAUUCAAGUCUCGCUUCCUAUCCGAUCUACCCUACCUAUGGCUGUCUCCUCGCUGCCUCCUCAGCCUCGCCCUCAACAAGAACUCGCCCAUCAACUCCGAUCAAUCCCUCAACGCAUAUGCCUCUGACUGGUGGGACUGCAGCGAGGACAGGCGGAAGAGGAUCGAAUCGGAGGCCGGCCAGGGCUUCGGCACUGGCCCCCAUGUCUGGGCGCUUGCCGGGAAGGCCUACUACUAUAUGAGGAGGACCGGCGGUGAUCAAAGUAUUAUUACCAGGGGUGAGAGCGGGAGUGGAAAAUCUGAAGCCAGACGACUGGCACUCCGUUUCAUUGUCGAUAUUUCAUCAGCCCUACCCGGCAAAAAGGGUUCCAAACUCGUUCAACAGAUCCCUGCUGCACAAUUCAUCCUCGAAUCCUUUGGUAACGCCCAUACACUCGAGAACUCAAACGCCUCCCGAUUCGGCCAGUACACCGAACUGCAGUUCACCGAGCACGGAAAACUCUGUGGACUCAAGAGCUUGGAGUAUUAUCUGCAACGCUCCAGGGUGGUCAGUCGUCCGAGUGGUGAACGUAACUUUCACAUCUUCUACUAUCUCACUGCCGGCGGAUCCCCCGAGGAACGUGCAUAUCUCUUUCUCGAUCAACCUCCCACCGCUACCGGUCUCGCUCAGCUUCCUGGCCAGGCUCUCCGUAACCACUCUGACCAUUCGGCAAGCCAGCCUUUUAGGUUCCUCACUCAGGCUCGCAAUCAAUCUGGCCAGUCCUCGGCCGCUUCAGAUGCUCAGCAGUUCGUCAGACUCAAACAAGCCUUCAAAGCCAUCGGCUUCUCCAAGAAAUCUGUCGCCUCUACCUGUCAGCUGCUAGCUGCGAUCCUUCACCUGGGCAACCUGGAGUUCGUGCUUGACAAGGGGAAGAAUGCCGAAGCAGCUACCGUUUCAAAUCCUCCACUACUGGAUGUUGUCGCUUCAUUUUUGGGCGUCAAGUCUGAAACCCUAGAGUCUACCCUAACUUACCAAACUCGAAUGGUUUCCGGUGAACGAUGUACGAUCUUCCUUGAUUCGGAAGGUGCUUCCCAGAACCGUGACGAUCUUGCCAAGAUGCUCUAUGGCCUUCUGUUUAGCUGGCUUAACGAAACAAUCAAUCAGAAGCUUUGCAAGGAUGAUUUUACGUCAUUCAUAUCGUUGAUUGAUCUUCCUGGCACUCAAAACAAUGUCUCUCGGGGUUUGAACCAAGGGGAUGGGAACAAUCUCGAUACGUUCUGUUUCAAUCUCGCAAACGAGCGCAUCCACGGCUUGGUGCUAAACGAAUUGUUUGUCAAGAAUAAAGCGGAAUACGUGACCGAAGGCCUUGAUGCUCAUCUCCCCGGCCUGAAGGCUCCCUUUUAUGACAACGCAGAAGUCCUUCGCGUCCUUACUCACGUCCCCGGUGGGCUUGUACAUAUAAUUGAUGAUCAAAGCCGUCGGCCCAACAAGACUGAUCAAACGAUGUUGGAUGCCAUGGGCCGACGUUGGGGCAAUAACACUAGUUUUACCUUCAAGGAUGGUGACGAACGACUCGACCGGCCUGGAUCGUUUACUUGCUCGCAUUACUCUGGACCAGUUACUUAUUCUGUCGAAGGAUUCCUAACCCAGAAUCGAGAUGUGGUCUCUCCUGACUAUCUGACUCUCUUUGGUGCCUCACGCCGUGCUUCUACCGCGCACGGGUCGACAAAUUCAUUCAUCCGACAGCUUUUUUCUGACGCUAAUCUUGCCACGACCACUCACCCGCAGAGUGAGAAGACGAUCGUUGCCGCUCAACAACUUCAAAGGCCAAUGCGUGCUCCGUCUACCCGGCGAAAGAAUCGUCAUGAUGCACCAGAAAAAUCUACCAAUGACGAUCCAACCGAAGAGGCUGCUAAGAAGGACGUCAAGGUCGAAACCGAGGGCAAGCUAGUCGUCUCAGAGUUCAAUGAAUCUCUCACCACCCUUCUAGAAACUCUGCAAGACACCAAGACUUGGUUUAUCUUCUGCCUCAAAUCAAAUGACUCGCAACUCUCAAAUCAAUUUGAUGGGAAGCUGGUCAAGCAGCAAGUCAAGUUUUUCAACAUUCCCGAACUGGCUAGGCGGCUCAAAGACGACUGGAUGGUUAGCCUGGAAAAUAAUGAAUGGUGGGAUCGUUAUAAAGAAUGCGACCCGAUCUCGACUGAUGUUAUGCGUUUGAGCUUGAUAUCUUGGGAAGAAAGGAUCGAGGGAAUCAAGAAUAUUAUGGGCUGGGAUAGCCAUGACAUCAUGAUGGGCAACUACAAAAUUUUUAUGAAUGAUGCGGCAUUUCGCCAAUUGGAGGAUCGACUUCGUGCAGUCGACGUUGAUGAGCAACGAAGGUAUCAAGAGAAAGCAGCCGUCCAGGGGACCGCCGAUACCUUUGCGGGGAAUGACCCGUACGGUAUGCCACAUCAGUCACCAACCUUCUAUCCGGCGGGGGCGCACGGCAACUCUUCCGAGAUCGGUUUGCCACUCGUUUCCCAUGCGGCAGGGCAAGCCGGGCACAUGGGUGGAUUCUACGACGAUGAUCGGAAGACGGUGAUGACAGAUACGGAGGGCGGCUACGGCUCUCCGAUGCACGAAAACGAGAGCAAAUCUUACCUCGGCACCGACCGCUAUGCACCCUCUCGCAACAUGUUCGACUCCUCAGGCAAGCCUGCUGACAGCGAGAAAGACGCACUCACCGAGGGCGAUCAACCUGGGCGCGGAGAAGUGGCCGAAGAAGUCGUCGGCGAAAGCAGCCUGCGCAAGAAGUGGCUCUUGUUGGUUUGGGCUUUGACUUUCUAUGUCCCCAACUUCCUUCUGGCCUGGAUCGGGCGCAUGAAACGGCCGGAUGUCAGACUAGCAUGGAGAGAAAAAUUGGCUAUCAACGAAUUUGUGUACUCAGCCAACGAACUGAGUUCCCACUCCUACAGUGGGAAUGCCAACAACAUGUUGGUGGCCAUCCGCGGGGAGGUCUUCGAUCUGACGAGCUUUGCACCCUUACAUUAUCCUUCGGUUGUCCCUACCAAAGCCGUCCAAAGCUAUGGUGGAACCGAUGCCACCAACCUCUUCCCGGUCCAAGUCAGCGCACUAUGCUCUGGUAAUGGCAACGGUAUUAGUCAAUGGAUCAUUUUGAGCGGCGCUAAUACCACUAGUCUUGAACCGAAUUCCGUUUAUCACGACUUUAGAGCCUUUACAUCGGAUUCACGUCCAGAUUGGUACUUCGAACAAAUGUACUAUUUGAGGUAUAACUACCGAAGAGGUUUUAUGGGUAAAACUCCAAAGGAAAUUUCCUCUUUGGCUCGAAAUGGUCGCAAAUCUAUUGCUAUCUUGGAUGGUAGCGUUUAUGAUUUAACUGACUACAUCACAGUGGGUCCCGGAAUCAGAACUCCGACUGGCACGUCUCCUCCUUCCGUCGAUUCGCAGUUCAUGAGCCCCGAUAUUGUCCAACUCUUUCAACAAGGAGCUGGUGGUGAUGUGACCGACAGAUUCAACGCACUCAACAUGGACCGGAACGUGAAACAAGCUCAACGAAUCUGUCUGAGAAACCUUUUCUUCGCCGGCAAGGUUGACAAUCGUCAAUCAGCUCAAUGUCAAUUUGCACAGUACAUCCUCCUCAUCUUUUCAAUGAUGAUGGUCUCGAUUAUCGGGUUCAAGUUUUUGGCAGCCUUACAGUUUGGAAAGGCUCGUCAACCAGAAGAUCAUGAGAAGUUUGUGAUCAUUCAAAUCCCUUGUUAUACUGAAGGUGAAGAAUCUUUGAGGAGGGCUAUCGAUUCAGUUACUCAAUUGAAGUAUGACGACAAGCGGAAAUUACUCUUUGUUGUUUGUGAUGGAAUGAUUAUCGGGUCUGGUAACGACCGACCGACUCCGAGGAUCGUUCUGGACAUCUUGGGCUCCGACCCCAAUCAGAACCCCGAAGCAUUAAGUAUUCUCAGUCUUGGUGAAGGUGCCAAGCAACACAACAUGGCCAAGGUUUACUCUGGACUCUACGAAUCAGGCGGACAUGUUCUCUUGUACUUAGUUGGCUCGAAAUCUGGAGUGGUACCGACAACGUCGCUCAUCAUGAUCGCCGCGAUAUACGGCUUACAAGCCUUGAUCUUUGUCUUCCACCGAAAGUUUGAACACAUUGGAUGGAUGUUCUUCUAUAUCUUAGCAAUCCCGAUCUUUUCGUUCUUGAUCCCGAUCUACUCUUUCUGGAAGAUGGACGACUUCAGUUGGGGUAAUACUCGUGUCGUCCUUGGUGAGGCUGGGAAGAAGUUAGUUAUUCAUGACGAAGGCAAGUUCGAUCCUAGUUCGAUCCCUCUGAAAACUUGGCAAGAGUACGAGAACGAGUUAUGGGAGAGGGGAUCUAAUCAGUCCAUAGGCUCAAUUAUUGCUGAUAAGCGCAAUGCUUCGGCCAAGGAGGCCUCCUUGUACGGUCAAGAGACGAGCUACGAUCCGCCAGUGAUGAUGCCAUAUAGUCGAACCCACUCGCCGGGAUUAAACGAACACAACCACGACGCCCGAUCGCUCUUAUCAGGCUACCAAGGGGGAGGGGGCAGUAUCAUGUUGAUGCCGCAAGGGAAUGUGGGCUAUAUGGAUCCGAUGGCUGGGCGGGCGAUGUCGGUGCAUUCCUUCGGAGGGCCCCAAGCGAUGAUGGUGCCCAACAGAGGCAUGAACGACUCGCCUAGUCUGAUGGGCUUCAUGCCCCCAAAUAACGGCAUGAUGCCCAUGGGCAUGGGUAGCAUGUAUGGACCCGUACCCGGUUUCAUGCAGGGUCAGGCGAGCGAUAGUCGUAGAGGUAGUGCCGCCGGCUUUCCGAUCCCCAGCCGAGGCGGAUUACCUUCGGAUGAACAGAUCAUUGCGGACAUCCAAGCAGUCUUGGCGCGAGCCGACCUCAAUACGAUCACUAAAAAAGGAGUCCGUCAGGAGUUGGAGGCUAUGUAUAGGACCGAAUUGGGCGAUAAGAAGGCCUUUGUUAACCAGGCCAUCGAAGACCAAUUGGGUUGA